UAUUACUAUUCCAUAAAACGGUUGGACACUUCAAACAUUGUCACGACAUUAUAAGUCGGUGAGACAAUGAGAUUUGUAUUUGUAACUUGAAAUCCGAUGAAGUUCGUAUGUAUUUGGAGAGAGAGAAAAUCGGAGAGUUGACUAUUUUUACGUAGUUUUUAGUGGCUGAUAACGGGAUCCUUUUUUCACUCCAGCCCAUUUUCCGGCGCACACAGUGAAUGUGAAAUCCGCCGUGGCUGCUGCACUAAAGCUGCUCUCUAAUCUCUAUCUCUAUAAAACCUCUUCAGACUUGUAUCUAUUUUGUAUGUAUGAGUGAAGGAAAGCUUUGGGGGCUUUUGUGAAUUGAUAAAAGGGAGAAGGUUAAAGGAGAGUUUAUGCUCAUCUAGUGAAUGUUUGCUUCACAACUGUUGAGGAUUCUUCAAACCAUCCCAAGUGAUGAUGUGAAGUAUAACACCUGUGUUUCCUCCGAACAAGAUGCAACCAUGAAAGAAAAUCUGAGUUCAACGCUUUUCGAAUCUAAUUUUGGCGGUAAAGAAGUCUACCCGUUAGACGGCAUACAAAAGGAAACUGAUAUCUUACAAUUUGAGGAAAAGGGAAAUUAUGAAAGUUGGAACCCAAAAUUCGUGGAUGAAUUCCCUUCGGAAAUUCAAAACGGACCCCAAAAUGUAACCAUAAAUGAAUUUCGAAAUGGACCAUUUUACCCUUCAGAUUCAAACGAAAAUCUGACGACGGCUGCUGAAGAAGACUCCUCGAAUUUCAACAAAAAUGAAGAAGUCGAAGAUUUGGUUUUGUCCGAGUUAAUCGUUUGCUACAAGGAGAUCAACUUUCACGCUGUGAAGGACAUUUGCAUGGAUGAGAAAAAAACAAUCGAAAUUAACGAAAAUGAGCCGCCCGGACGAUUUUGCCCCUCCCCUCUCGAGGCAAAUAGCUCUCGUGUGGCUAAUGCAGAAGCUAAUGACGCGGAAAAUGUUGCAUCUGAUGAAUCAAAUUUGUCGUCACUGAAUAAUGAGCAUGGGAGGGCAAAAUUGUCAUGCGAAAGUUAUUCUGUUGAUGAAUUAAUGCCGAAAGUUGAGACAAAUCGUGUUGAAACCGACAAGACUCUUAGCAAUUGUUCGGCUGAUCAAAAUAAUUCAUUUGUCGAACGAGCACUUCCGAUUCAAGAAUUCGGCACAAGGAGUUUUCUUAGGUCGUUUAUUAGUUCUUUAGACAGUGAAGGGAAUAAUAAAGGCGAACGAUUCUCGCAUGAUCAGAAGGUCACUCUAAAGGAAAACGUGCAAACGAGCAUUUUACCCUACAACAGUAAAAUCGAAAGCAAGAGCAUUACUUUCGAUUUCGAUCCCCCAUUGUCUGAGGAGACGACAGCUGGCAUAUCAAACGUGCAGGGCCGUAAAAAUUCAAAUUUUUACGGCACUUCAGAUUCCAUUCAAGAGGGACAUGAAGAAUCCUUAAAAGUCGAAAAUGGAGUUAUUAUCGAUGGUAAUGAGCCAGUUGUGGACCAAGAAAAAACCGAACAUGAUUACGAAUCGAGCUUUUCAAAUGACGGUUUUGCCCCUCAGUCGGGGCUGAUACCGUUUUCCGGAAGCAUCUCUUUUCGAUCGGACGGCAGUGCAGCCAGUGGCAGAUCUUUUGCUUUCCCAAUAUUACAGACGGAAUGGGCGAGUAGCCCGGUUAGAAUGACGAAAGCGGACGGGAGGCAUUUAAGGAAACCCAGGUUUUGGCGAUCGGGCCUUUUAUGCUGUAGAUUCUAAUAAACGGGCUUUUUCGACUUAAUUAUUAUAUAGUUUUGUUAGAUGCAAGACACACAUAUGCAUUGUUUCGAGUUUUAACCUCUGUGGCAUUGUAAUUAUAAAUGUCGAACUUUCACGGCUCCGGUUGGGUUUUUUACUAUAUACGACCUCUUUAGUAAUGCUGAGCUAGGAUUUGAAGAUGGGCGUCAAACCGGG